GGACUGAGCAAGAACCGGGACCGGGGACUGGACCGAGACCUGCGCCGAGACCUGAGUCCGGACCAGAACCGAGCCACACCGAGCCACCAAAGAACAAGAAGAAGCAACGCCAUUUCAAUGUUUUGGUGAAAGUGAAGAAUCUGAUGAAGCUCGAACUCAGACCAAAGAAUCUGAACCAACGACAAAAAACACGACAGGAAACAGAUGGAGGUGAACUCGUCUGAGAAACGACACAGAACCAGGUCCAAAGGAGUACGAGCUGCAGUGGAGGCUCUCACUCAGGAGCUCUUCAGUUGUCCCACUCCGGGCUGUGACGGCAGUGGACAUGUGAGCGGAAAAUACGCAAGACACAGAAGUGUUUACGGUUGUCCUUUGGCCAAAAAGAGAAAGGCUCUGGAGAAGGUUCCGCUGGAGCCCGCCGCCAAACGGAGCCGUUACAUCACUUCCUGUCCCGACGACGACGACGACGAACAAGAUGGCGGCUUCGACCACGACAGGUUAAAGGUCACGAGGAGGCGGGACGAGUCGUCUGACCCGGAAGAGGAACAGGAAAUAGACGAACAGGAAGUGAAAGACGAAGAGGAGCGAUACGACGAGGAGGAUGAAGAGGAGGAGGCACGGAGAGCGCUGACAGUCGAGAGCCUCUACAGACCAAGUCCACCGUCCAAACCCGUCCAGCUUCUGAAGGACGACCACACCAGCCCCGGCCUCCACCCGGGACUGAACCCAGCUCUGAACCCGGGGCUAAGUCCCGGUUUAAGUCCAGGUCCGAGUCCGGGUCUGAGUCCGGGUCUUAGUCCGGGCGUGAACCCGGCUCAGGGGACCAGGACCCGGGAGGACUACGAGGACUACGACCAGCUGGUGGCCAAGUCCCUGCUGAACCUGGGCAAGAUGGCCGACUCGGUGUCCGAAUCGUGGACUCGCUGA